CUUCAAUCCCCAAGUAAUCCGGUGUGUGGUUCCGUUCGAUCAAGAUGACCAGGCUGACAAUACUUGCAGGCUUGUGUCUGGUGAUAUGCCAGCUGGGAUCGGCCACCCAGAUGAUAUGCUACUUCACAAACUGGUCCCAGUAUAGACCUGGCGAGGGGAAGUACUUGCCACAAGAUGUGGACCCCUUCCUGUGCACCACCCUGAUCUACGCCUUCUCUAUCAUCAACCAUAACAACGAGUUGGUGAUGUAUGAAUGGAAUGACGACGUGCUCUACCAGUCCUUCAACGGCUUGAAAACUAAGAACCCUCAUCUGAAGACUCUUCUGGCUGUUGGUGGAUGGAACUUUGGUUCACAGCAGUUCUCCAUUGUGGUAUCCAACCAGGCCAACCGCCAGAAGUUCAUCCAGUCUUCCAUCAAAUUCCUGAGGACUCAUGGUUUCGACGGUCUGGAUCUGGACUGGGAGUACCCCGGAGCUCGCGGAAGCCCGCCAGAAGACAAGCACAGGUUCACUUUGCUCUGUCAGGAACUUGUUCAAGGCUUUGCGGCUGAGGCCAAGGCCACGGGCAACACUCAACUGAUGUUGACCGCUGCGGUGUCUGCUGGCAAGGGGACAAUCGAUGGAGGAUACGAAAUUGCUGAGAUUGCCAAGGAACUGGACUUUAUCAAUGUCAUGACCUACGACUUCCACGGAACUUGGGAGCGCUUCACAGGACAUAACAGUCCACUGUUCCGUGGUUCCCAGGACUUUGGGGACCUCAUUUACUUCAACACCGACUACGCUAUGAAGUACUGGAGAGACAAUGGAACGCCGUUGGAGAAGCUGAGGAUGGGAUUCGCCACCUACGGUCGUACCUUCCGUCUGACAUCAGCAGACUCUGGUGUUGGAGCUCCAGCUAGUGGACCUGCAGCUGCUGGUCCAUUCACGCGAGAAGCUGGGUUCUGGUCCUACUAUGAGAUCUGCGGCUUUCGGAAAGGCACUCAACUUCAGUGGAUCGACGACCAAAAGGUGCCCUAUGCCACUAAAAACAACGAGUGGGUGGGAUUUGACACCAGGGAAAGCUACGAGACCAAAGUCCGUUACCUGAAGGAACAAAGGUUUGGCGGUGCUUUUGUGUGGGCCCUUGACUUGGAUGACUUUGCUGGACGAUUCUGCGGCGAGGGCAAACACCCUCUCAUGUCUCAUCUUCGCACACUUCUCAAUAUUGAGCUGCCCCCACUUCCUCCGACCACGACCCCCAAGCCCGGCGCUAGCACCACCGCCCGUCCCACCACGACCACCACAGUGACCACCCAUGCCCCGGGAUCCGGGUUCUGCAACGGCAAACCCGACGGCCUGUACCCUCACCCAGACGACAGGGCCAGCUUCUACAUGUGUGCGGGCGGCAUCACUCACGUGAAGCAGUGUGGAUCUGGAUCUGUCUACGAUGACAGCUGCAAGUGCUGCGUGUGGCCAUGAGCGAUAAUUGGACAAACUUAAAGUGACAUCAUUGAUUAAAAAAGACUGAUAUCAUUAUGCAUCCACCGUGUAUCAUUUCAGAGUAUAUUGUUAGACCAAAUGAGCAGAUGUCUAUUUUCUGCAGCUGGAUUUUAUCCCAGCGGACUUUGGCUAAGAGGUGGAAUACACCUUGGUUUGGUCACCAGCUAAUCACAUCACUCAUCUACAAAAAACAUUUACAAUUUUUUGUCACAAAACCUAAAUACUAACAUGUCUUUAUAAUGCAAUGAACACAACAUUUUUUCAUAAAAUAUACUUUACAAUGAUUUUAUUGGGUAUACUUUAAGGUUAAGGACAAUAUUUUUUAUAAUACAGUGAAUGUAACAUGUUUUUAUAAAAUUUGAAAAAAAUAAACAACAUCAAUGAUUA